UAUGGAGUUUGGUUGUUUUAAGUUCUCUUAACGAUGGUUUUUUUUUUUCUUUGAGUCACACGAAACGGUCUUUAUUGCCCUUAUUUUCUGUAAUGAAUAACAAAGGUGGCGUGUGCGACAGCAUAAAGGCUCUUUGUUGUUUUGCUUGUUAGCCAGUUUGUUUAGCUUCGCUUAGCUUAACCUAAGAUAGGUAAAUUAAUAAGAACCUGAAACAAAGUCUCACCCACAGGCAAAUUCAAGAGUCGUUUUAUGACUACCAGGGUGUAAAAAGCCAAGAUAAAAGGUUCACUAAAUAUCCAGGAAGUCCUGUAGACUUUAGAAUAAACUGGAGAACUAAAUCAUGUCGACAGAGAGCAUCUCCGUCAUCAGUUUGCCAUCCUGGGAAAGUGGUAAAAGGAGGAUUCGAUUCUUGUAUCUAGCUGGCAAAAAUUCAUUUAAAGUUACCAGUCAAAGUACAGAUGAGGGGCAGAUGAUUCCGCUCUUUCUUGGAGCUGAUCUCUUUACUGACACAGAUGUCCGCACUGAAAACCAUCCCAGAUAUCAUGCAAAAUUUGCAAAAAGGGGACUGGCAACUAAACUAAUUUUCUCCUCAGACAUCAGGCUCCAAGGUAUACGAGUUCCUUGUUCCAGAAAUAGUUUGUGGUUCUACUGUAUUCAUGGAGUGUUUCGAGUGGCUUUUGAGCUUUACAGUAAACAAGAUCAGCUUUCAGUAUUGGAAUCAUUUCAGGAGCUCUGGAAGUCUCGGAUCAAUGAUGACCUAUUAGAUAUGGCCUAUAAUCUUGAUAUCCAGUUAGACUUGCAACUACCAAGAGAUCUAAAUCAUGCAAUAACAAGUAGUAAUAUUCCAAAUAAUAUCUCUGCAUGUAGUCAUGCCUAUUCAAAAGGUCAAGAAAUACCAGAAGACUAUGUGACCUCCCAGCCAUUGCAUGGUCUCCCAAAUGAUUCACUGUCUGCUGACCAUGACUACUGCUCCAUAUCAGAACAAGGUGAGUCUCAGCAGUCAAAUGUACUAACUGAGAGACUCAGUAGAAUAGCAGACAAGGUUAAAUUCAUGACAGCCAUGGAAGUGAACCAAAGGACCUUCUUGAAACUUCUGGAUUAUGCUGAAUAUUGGAUUGGUGGACAACUAGAUGAGGAAAGGCUAACAGAGACUGUAAUGACAUUACUUCAGACCCAUUCGCAAGGCUUCUCCGUCUACUCCAGUCCCCUGCUACAGGCUCUCGGGGGUUGGCUGGGUCAGCAGUUUCAUGCAGCCAACAGCAGCGUAAGCCACCAGGUUGAAGGUUUCAAGAUGCGACACAUCGAGCACAUUAAGGACUUGCCACCUGCAGAGGAACUGGCAACUGAGCUUUUCCCUGAAGCGAUGCGGAACCUGCUGAUGCACUGGAUGGGUCUCAGUGAAGAAGCAGCAACAUGGAAAAGACUAAGUGAAUAUCCUAUUGUACUGCUUGUCCUGGAAUUUGUCAACCAUAACCUCAUCACCGGAGUGGCCCAUGUACUGUAUUCUAGUCUCAUAUGCCGAUAGAUUGAUAUAUUACAAGUGGUAGUGUGCUUACAAUGCUACUGUAUUUUUGACACCAAAUAAAUCCCAGUUAAUUUUAUAACAGUCAGAUGAUGUAGUAAAUUUAAUUAGUAAAUAGUAGUAGUAAAUUAGUAGUAAGUUGUUGAAGUUGGCUUGUUUAAGGAACUAUCUGGAAGAUUUUAGAGAUUAGGCAGGAAUUUUUGCUGGCAGACAAGUGAUUGGAACUGUUGCAGCUGUACAGUACAUAGGCCCAGAAUCUAGUGUUGGAUCCAAGCUUGGUAGUUUAUAUCAAAUCUAAUGUAAAACAUUACUCAGAUGUAUAAUCAGGCUUGGAUCUACUGUGCUAGAAACAUCUUGCAUAUAGUUCAGUUUAAAAUGUUAUCAAUGUCCCUAAAGGGUUUUUUUAAAUGGAAUUUCCAGUUAUCGUGGGGAUUUUUAUGCACGGAACUGCCAACAGAUCUCAACCACGUUGAAACAGUGCACUUCAUCAUAAAAAGAUGCAUUGACUUGUAUUGUCUUGAUGAUGAAUGAAUAGACAUUCUGAUUUAAUUGAAAAUGUGGUUGUGAACUGUGCGUCUUCUCUGAAGUGCUCAUCAGUACUGGUUUACAGAUACAAAUUCUACCCAAAGUGCAUGACCGUCGUAUGCCAUUGGCAACCCAAUGUACUCAAAAGAAUGAAAGGAUCCCCCCUGGGUUUCAUUUUGACUUGCAUUUAACAAUAAAUAUAGACAGCAUUAUUAUAUACACAAAUUAUCAUUUGUACUGUACAUGAUACAGUAGACUACUUACUGCAGAGGGGCAAAAUAUUGUGUUCAUGAUUAUAAAAUAUGUUCCAACAAAGUUUUACUGCUACUGUGAGGCUAGGUUUGUGAACCCUUUAGAAGUUUCUAUAUAUUUCUGCAUGAUGACCUAAUUGGAUUGUUUUAUCAUGUCUUAAGUAGAUAAAGGACUAAUAUUAUAUAAUUAAUAUAUUUUUAAUAUAAAUAAUCCAAUAUGUGAGUGGCAAGUAAACAUUUCUGUAAUUGUUAAUUAGUCUUGCUCAUUGGCUUGGAGAAACUUUAACCCAUUCUUCUAUACACCACAGCUUCAUCUGAAGUAGUUUCUUUCCUCUCAUGCUUGCUUUAGGACCUUAUACAACAUUCUAUUGGAUUACGGUCCGUAUUUUGAUUAUGAACAACUUGUGUGCUUAGGCUCGUUGUCUUGCUGAAUGAACCACAUUCUCUUGAGUGCACAUACAGAUGGCCUGAAAUUUUCCUUUAUAAUUUGCUGGUAUAAUUUGGAAUUCAUUGUUCCAUCACUGUCAGCAAGCCAUCCUGAAUACAGAUGCUGCAAAACGGGCCUAAACCUUGAUACUACCACCACAUUUCACAGAAGGAAUGAGGUUUUUAUGCUGAACUGUAGCAUUUUCCUUUCCCUAAAUAUAACACUUAUCCCCUUGACAUCUGACUACUACAUACCUGGAAGUGGCAAAAGUAUCAUUUUCCUCAAUAAAUGAGUAAUUUCU